GGGCUGAGGCGGGAGGAGGGCCCGCCCCGCCCCGCCCCGCCGCGCGUUACCCGCGGCUCUCCGCGGGCCGCUGACCCGGAAGCGCUCUGCCCGCCCAGCGCGGCGGAGCCGGCUGCGGCGGUGGAAAAUGGCCGAGUCGCCGGAGGAGGUGGCGGUGCUGGUGCAGCGGGUGGUGAAGGACAUUCGCAACGCCUUCCAGCGGAACCCACACAUAGAUGAAAUUGGAUUGAUACCCUGUCCUGAAGCCAGGUAUAACCGGAGCCCUAUCGUCCUGGUAGAAAACAAGCUUGGUGUGGAGAGCUGGUGUGUCAAGUUUCUUUUGCCAUAUGUCCACAAUAAACUUCUCCUCUACAGACAAAGAAAACAAUGGCUGAACAAAGAUGAGCUGAUAGAUGUCACAUGUACCCUGCUGCUGCUGAACCCUGACUUCACCACUGCUUGGAAUGUGAGGAAAGAAUUAAUACUGUCUGGCACUUUAAAUCCACUUAAAGAUUUGCAUCUUGGAAAACUGGCGUUAACCAAGUUUCCAAAGAGUCCAGAAACGUGGAUUCAUAGACGAUGGGUGCUGCAACAACUAAUUCAGGAGAACUCCUUGCCCAGUCUUGUGACUAAAGGAAACUUGGGAGCAGCACCUGUGGAGAGAAUUCACCGAAUAGUGCAGGAGGAAAUGAAUGUCUGCUCUGAAGCCGCUGGGAGAUAUCCAAGCAACUACAAUGCCUGGUCCCAUCGCAUCUGGGUUUUACAGCAUUUGGGAAAGCUGACUGUCAAGAUUCUCCUUGAUGAACUUUCAUCCACUAAAUAUUGGGUAUCUAUGCAUGUCUCAGACCAUAGUGGAUUUCAUUACCGCCAGUUCUUACUCAAUUCCUUGAUAGGCAGAACUGUGACUGACAAUAACGUACUGUUGCAAAAUCGGAUGGUAAAUGAGCAAAACCCUAACCUUCUAAAGGAGGAGGAGAGUGCAGGGGCAGCAGCUGCCUGUGCGGAAGAGCAGAGCAUGGAUCUCCCCCGCUGUUUAGAGGAAGAGUUGGAGCUCUGCACUGAACUGAUUGAUACUUACCCAGGGCAUGAAACCUUGUGGUGUCAUAGAAGGUGUGUGUUCUACCUUCAGCACCACCUAAGCAACAGACUUCCUCUUCUGAGUGCAGUGGUGUCAUCUGUGGGCAGCAAUGAUGAAACUUUGAAUAAUUCCCACUACAGUCCUGCGAUAAGUCACAUGGCACAAGCUAUGGAAGUUGAUGGUUUGAAUGAAUCCAGCAGCAAACAAGUUUAUACCCAAGAAACAAAACGCCUGAAACGUGCUCCUGUGCAGGACUGUCUUGGUCCAGAAAUGGAAUACCGGUUCAUUAAUAAAGUAUUAUCAACUUGCAGGGAUGUGGAUCAAGCCAGGUUUGCUACUGCUUAUAGGAAAUGCAGACCAUUCACUGGGGAUUAGAUUUUCAAGCUAGACUCUUCGCCAAAAUUGCUGUAUAUUUCUCCUGCCCAAAGUGCCUCCUGACAGUGCUAAGUUUCAAGCUGCUGUUUCUGACGGGUAGAGAGAGCAACAAUGAGGGAGAAGAAAAAACAUAAGGUAUUAUUUGGAAAGAAAAAAGGCACUUGAAGUGUGCAGUUCCAACAGUUCUAAAUAAUUUGAUGGAUGGGGGUUACUCUUGCAUUUCAGAAUGAACAUAGGCCACCUCUAAGCUUAGAGAGUAUGUUCACAACUCAUUUCAGGCACAGAGUAGCUAACAAAGGCAUUUCUAAAUGUACAGUCUUCUGUUUACAAUACCUAGAUAAGGCUGACCUAGGCUUGAGUAUCUCCAUGGCAAAGCUUUGUUUCAGUGGACAUCCACACCUGCCUCUGUAUAGGUAGGGGCCUAUUACAUGGCUUUUUGUUUUGAGAUGCUCUGGGACGUUGUCUUGGUUGAUGGUUUUAGUUGCAGAAGAACAUAGUACGUGAAGGAGGUGUGGGAAUGGCUUCAGAUGAUAAUCUCAUCGUAAGAUGUUGUCUCUAUGACCACUGGCAAAUGGGUAGGUUCAGGUACAAACUGGAGCCUGAAUUUAAUAACUGGAGCAAGAAGUUUUACCCAUUCCAGAGGACUUGAUGCAUAGCAUGUAUGGUAGCCUGGGUCAGCUUGACUAAAUGUGUCGCGUUAAUGACUAGUAUGAACCUGGAAGGCGUCAAGUCAGCUGACAAUGUGUUAAGAAUCAUGCUCUUGGUCCCAGAUUACUUCAACGGUAACGCAGUUGUGUGUUCUGUUUACCUUAGCAAAAAUUACCUGUUCGUGAGAAAAAUAUUAGUGGCAGGAGCAGACUGGGAAGUGGGAGCAUGAUAGAAAGUACUUCUUGAACUGUGGAAGUGAAGAGAUGGUCUCUUCAUGCACUGGAAUGAUUGAGGGGUUUAGAGGAAAAGAUCUGUAUUAGAAUCUGACUUGAAACCCAUUAUAUAUUUCUUCCACACUAUUACCUGGAGUCUUAGGUAGCUUUCUUAAAACUGUCUCAUGGAAUUACUGUGCUAUUGAAUUUUACAAUCUUGCCUUCAUAAACAAAUCCAGCAGCUGCCUUCAUACACGUUUGUGCAGUUCCUGUUCAUGUCAUCACAUGAAUAGUUACGCAUGCUUGUAUGAAGACAAGAUUUGGUUGUGUGUAACUGAACAGAGCUGCAUUGUAUUUUCAUACUUGGAAAAUGUUUUGAGAGUUCUGAUUAGUGUUGGUCUGAUAUUUUUUACUUUUACAAAACAUGGGUAGCUGCAGUGUGACUCUUAACUAUGGGUUUUUAAAACCUACUCCUAAUGGAAGUACUAUUUAUUUUUUUUUUACAUCCAGUGAGAAUAGCUACUUUUAGAAAUGUUUGCAGACCGGACUUUGCGACACAGAAAAGUGAACAAUAAAAGUGAAAUCGAAACAAGCCCUAGCUUUCCCUUUGAAAAAAAUACAAACAAUAAGCUGUCAAAAUCAAGCUUUAAUUUUUUCAUUAUAACUAUAGAUUAUAUGAAAGAAGAAAAUAUAUAACUAAAUUACUUCAAGCUGUCAAUGUCCUGAAGCUGCUUACAUGAAAUGAUUGAAGAGAUACUUCCCACAAAUUACAUUAAGCUCACAACUAUGUCAUGUUCUGGAGCUAUGAUCUUUGAAACAUGCCUGUCUAACCAUUCAGUGUUACUGCAGAGUUCCACUUGGACACCACUGGAAAAAACAGAAAAGUGGUUUCAGGCCAUUGGUAGUCACACAUAAAGGUUACCGAGUACAGCUAUUAUAAGUAAUGAAUUGCAGUUGUUUUGUGUUUCAGAGGUCAGAGAAUUAUAAUGUACUUGGUGAACAUUCUUGCAGAGACAAUGUCCAACAGAAGCUGCAGAAUACAAGUCUCUUGCUCUCUGAAGUUCCUUCAAAUAUAAAAUCAAACUUUUACACCUGUAGAAGACUUUAUAUGAAGUUCAGCAUCUUUACUGAUUUUGUCUUCUGCUGUAAUGUCAUUUGAAUUGAUGCAAAUUCUUUUUGUUCACUGGAUUAGUCUUCGUAGGUAUUUCUUUGUUCUAGAAACAAAGGGUUUUGAGGAACAAAUGUAAUUUGAAACUACAAAUACUAGAAUAGAAGGAAUCACAUUUUUAAGAAGUUGAAUUCUUUGCUGCUAAAUACCUUCACUGUUAUUUCAUUGGCAUUUGGUUGAUCUUGUGUGUUACAGUCACUGGAGCAACACAUGCAGCAUUAAAGAUAGCUACAAUAACAAAACUUGUUUAAAGUUGUUAUUGGAAUACUUUACUGUAGCUGCUCUGAGUAAUAUUUGUUAAUCUGUUCAUGCCUGCAUAUUAAUGUUUUGUUGACUUCUUACAUAUCCUGUAUACAACUAAACCCUUGUGUCAUUUAAGUAGGCAGAAAAGUAAAUUGUUGGUUUAUUCUGUUUGAUUAAUUACCUUAUAUGGAACUUACUUAAAACAAAUAAGCAAUUUCAUACUAUAGUGAGAAAGCUUAGAUUCUGUCUUACAACUAAAAUUUCUGGCAUUUCCAGUUUUAUGUUAGUGCUGCUUAAUUAAAAUGUGUAGCUAGUCUUUAUGGACAGGAGUAAGUUGUUUGGUUUUUUGUUGGUUUUUUUUUUUUCCUAGGUAGAGUAUUAAAGAAUUUUUGAAACAGUACAGUAUGGUAUUGCUGAGUAGAAAUGAAGGGUUUUGGAAAGGCUUGUCUGCAUAGCCAGACUCAACAAGCAUACUUCUUCAGAAUGACAUGUGAUACAAUGAUCAAAAUGUGACUACCAGAGAACAAUUUAAGUAACGAGUCUUCAGAGACUUGAUGAUGAAUUUUUGGACAGACAGGGUUAUUUGUUUAGUUUUGUUUUGCCUUCUGUGAGGGAAGAAUGUUCCAUAGGGUUUUUUAAUUUACUAAGAAGUGAACCAUUGCACUUACUGGGGGGCAGAGAGGAGGGAACCCCACAAUUCCCGAGUUGUAUCUUUUAGAGCAAUUUUGGAAAAAGCAGCAGUGAAGUGAAACGCAGAUGUGACUUUUGUCCUGUUCUUAUUUGGUGAUGAGAGGUCUUUACAAUUAGAUCUUACAGUUUAAUUAAUGUCACAUACAAAGGAAAGAGGGUAAUUCACCUAUUUUCAAAUGCACUUAACUUUAAAUUGGUUUCAAAGGAAGUUCAUUGUCCCUGUCUAACAUAACUUGUCUUUUUUUCCCCCAUGUCAUCAGAGGUGUGUUUAUGUCCCAGCCUCCUCUCUGUUCUUCUGACCAGCGAAGAAGAAUGUAGCAAAGCAUUGGUGAGGUGGCCUCAUCUUGUGUUUAGCUAGCUGACUACCUCCCAAACAGUAGCUCUGAUUGGUGUCCUUGAGUGGAGUUCAUCAGGCUUAGUUUUUUCAGAACCUCAUACUAGGCCUACAUCCUCUUUAUGAGGUGAAAAGUAAGAGCUUUAUCUAUGAAGCCAUCUAGUUUCCCUAGGAGAGUUUAAAGGAGAGGAAAAAAUAAAAAAGAAAAACUCUUGUAGUUAAGGUUGGGUAAACUAGAAUUAGCAUAAACUUUCAUUAGUAUAUUCCUCUGAAAAAGCGAUGUAUUGCUGAAAAUGGAGGAAAUAUGUGCUUCCAAGAAAUUCCUUGUAGACACUUUAUGCUUUUGAAUUAUAGACCACACACUUUCUAGUGGCUUUUACUAGUGUGUAAUGCUACUUCUCAGGGCAUAGUAUAUUGUAGUGAAUUAGGGUACAUUUUUAUGGUUUAUAAUUAUCAAUUUUAAAUAAAAAAAAAAAAGCUAAACAUAUAAUAACCAGCUUUUAAGGUUUUUGGUUGGUUUUUUUUGGUCUAGGAAAGUGUUUUGUAUCUACCCAUAUGCUAAUACUGUACCUAAUGGUUCACACUAGACUGUACCAUCAUCUAUCUCAUCUGCAUCAUAUUGUUAUUCUGUAUCUUAAAUUGCUGUUGCAGUCUUAUGGGAAGCUCCUGAUAGUUGCUGGGUUUCUUCUCUGCAUUCCCGAGUACUAUUCAGUAGGGUAGUCACUAUCUCACAAAGACAUAUGUUGUAAUGAGGGGGAAGCUUUUUACAAUAUUUCUGUUGAUGCACUAUGUAUCUUAGAUUUAUUUUUUUAAAGAGCUUUUGCUGGGAGUGUGAAUACUAGAAUUGCAAAAGCUUUUAGUUCUUGGUAGCUGGCUGAUGCUUAUGUACAGUACAGCUAUUCUGAAGAGUAGGACUCUUACCUGAAGUCUAGUUUAUUAACCAUCUUUAUCUGCACCAUUUGUUAAUCCUACUGUAUAUAGAUGGACGUAGGGAGAACCCACAGUGAGGUGCAUAUUUUCUUCAUGGUACACUUUCUUAACAGAAUAUGGUGAAACAAAGAGCAUUUCUUGGAUGAGGUGCUCCUGUAUGUUCAUUGUGAAUAAAGAUAUGAAAUUGGUACAUCAUUAAUACUGUAAGAUUUCCUGAAUGCCUGUGUAGAAUGAGUAGGUAAAUGUUUGAGUGUUUUUAAGAGAAUACUACCUGUAAUUGAAAAAAUGACAUAAAUGAUACAAGGUACCAGAACUUGUUUUACAAGACAAAAUAUAUUUAUGCCUAUUGUGUUCAUUCCCUUUUGUUUUCUUUUCUAAAGUGGCUACACUUAAAAGUGGGUAGUCAUCUUGAAAAGUAUGCUUAGGAAUGUUGUCUUUAAUUUCAUGUAAUAAAAAUAGUAGGUGUCUUAAAUGGUUUUAAGAUCCAAGGUAGUGAAAGCACUACAGUAUUCAAGUGAGCCAUUAAACACUAAUUUUCUAACACUCUCAUGUCCAUCAAAGUACUCUUCUAUGUAGAGAAAAAUGCUUAUUUUAUCAAGAUACAUGAAAAAAUAUUUAAUUCUCACAGCUUUCGUAUUAGGAGGAGGUACAGUUGGUUUUAAACAUAAUAUUUUGCAAUAUUUUUUCUAUGAAAAAUUAUCAGAUGCAUAGUUGUGACUACUGUAAAAUUUAUGUAGACUUCCAGUGCAGUUAAACUAGAUACAUGGUAAAUUUUGUGGCAGAAAACAUAAGAUUAUGGCAGGAUAGUAAGACACUUGAAAGUAAUCUGAUAAACAGCCAGUGUUCCACAGGAUAGUGAAUGUAAAGCAUUGUUUGUUUUCCAAGGGUCUUACUUUGUCAUGUGAUGAGUUCCUUUUAGAGGGGGAUUGUUUUAUCCUUUUUUUUUUUUUUUGUUCAGAGGGGAUUGUUUUAUUUUUUAUUAUCAGUAGAGAGCUUAUCUGUGAAUAAAUUAUUUAUAUUUAUUCUCCCACAAUAAGUGUUCAUGUAUGUUUGGGUGGAUGGAUGGAUGGCGGAACUGUAUUUAUGUCCUGUGAAAAAGGCAAAAAUCUCCUGCAUAUGGCUAUAUUCAUAUAAAACUGGUGAUCUGUGAACAGAACUCUUCUGUGGAAGACCUGUCCUAAGUCUGAAUCUAGCAGAAUCACUGCCAAUGUCAGGGUUUUUGCUGAAAGCUUCUCCUCACUGGCUUACUUUGCCUUACUUUCAUGAUACUUGGGCCAAUGUGUGCAUACCCAAACCAAAUGAUUAGUUGUGGUGUUUAUU